GGUGAACUUACCCAAGACUGAAGCGUUGCAUGUUUAACCAGAGUUGAAGUGUCUUAGCCAGCGCAUUAGACUUGAAGAGUUCUUCGCACUACAAUGGGGAUAAGGCACCUUUUAUUGCUGCUUAUAUACCUGGACCCGCUGUGCGUCCUGGGCGCUGCUACGGGCGGUAAAAAACCCAAACCGGGGCCCAAGAAGCCCAAAGCCACCCCGGUGCCCACGGUGGUCCCGCAUAAGACCCCGCAGCCGCCGGCCGCCAGCAAUCACGACACCUGCCGGGGCUACUAUGACGUGAGCGGCCAGUACGACAAAAUGUUCGAGUGCAACAACACGGACCACCGAUACUGCUGCGGAACGUGCUACCUGCGCUUUUGCUGCGAGUACAAGAAGGACCGGCUGAAUCAGGAAGCCUGCAGGAACUACCAAAGCCCGGAUUGGGUGCAGACGCCUGCCCCGUCACCCAUCCCGACCGGGGUAACCUACGAUCCGAGCAUGGAUCAGACCAACACAGCGGUCUAUAUCACCUGUGGGAUCAUAGCCUUCAUCAUAGUGCUGGGAGUCUCGGUCAAAGUUGCAUAUGACAAAGCCACAGAGCCGCCUCAGGAAAUGAAUAUACACAGGGCCCUUGCAGACAUCCUGAGGCAGCAGGGGCCCAUCCCCAUAUCUCAAUAUGACUGUGAGAACUUUGCUGCGAUGAACGGCUCACCCAAAGACAACACACCAGUCAGAACCUCGUCCAAGAACCACUACACCCCUGUUCACGCCUCCAAAUCCAACCACGGUCUCCACUAUGGAAAGGAGAGUGUCCGGAGCAGCGGAGGUGCCGACCUUCACAACUUCAUCUCCUCUGGCUUUGUGACGUUGGGUCGGGGCCAUCAGAAAGGAGAAAAACAUUGGCCGGUCCGCUCCCAGAGUCACCAUGGUACCCAUCAGCACAACUAUAACCAUGUGGCUCUAGGUAGUCCUACACGCACACCUAAGAAUGCUCACCGAUCAUUGAGGCGUGAAAAUAAUCGGAUAAGUGGCAUCCUGACAUCGCAGACGGAGCCCUACGACCUGUCUUUCUCACGCUCCUUCCAGAGCCUCUCACACCUGCCGCCCUCCUACGAGGUGGCCGUCAAAGCUGACCUCAACCGAUUCUCAUCCCUGAAGAAACUCACAGAUAAAGAAGUUGAAGACUACUACACUCGAAAGCGCCACCUGCCCGACCUGGCAGCAAGAGGCACUCUUCCCUUGCAUGUUCUCAAAAUGAGUCAAGAACAGCACCGGGAACAGCAGCAGCUUCAGAGCCAGCCCCCACAGUCCUCCAUCUCCCAGGCCCCUCCUCAGUCACAGUCCUCACAGCAGCAGUCUCAGCAAAGGCAAAGGCCCCGUCGUGUCCAAAGGGCCAUGUCCCAGGACCGCGUCCUAUCCCCGCAAAGGGCCCCACAACAGGAAUAUAGCAUGUCUUCUAAUAGUAUGUCCCCGUAUGGAGGCAGGAUCCUCUCCGAUGAACAGCUCCUGUCUGCUGAACGUCUUCGAUCCCAGGAGCGUCUUCUUCCACAGGACCGCCACACCUCCCAAGAUCGCCUGUACUCCAAGGACCGCAUGUAUUCCAAGGACCGGCUCCUGUCGCAGGACCACCUUUACUCAAAAGACCGCCACUAUUCCCAAGACCGCCUCUAUUCACAAGAUCGCCUGUACUCACAAGACCGCCUCCUGUCCCAGGAUCCUCUGCUCUCACCGGACAAGCUGAUGAUGUCACUGAAGCGUGGCAUGGUCAGUAGCAUCUCUGGGGGGUUUCGUGGCAGCGACAAGUCAAUGUCCCGUGCCAUCUCACACACAGAUGUGUUCAUACCAACCACGCCUCUCAUGGAUCGCUACAAGAUGACCAAAAUGCACUCCCAUCCCAGUCCCUCUAACAAUGGAGGCGGUGGUGGUGGCAGUGGAGGUGGGGCACCAGGAGCAGUAGGAACUGGCCACUCCAACACUUUAGUCAUGAACCAGACAACAAACAAGAGGCAAGCAUUUGCCGCCAGACGGACUCACACUGUGGAACAGCUCCACUACAUCCCACAGCACCACCAGCAGCAACAACAGCCACAGCACUACCGCACAGGCAGCAAGACUGAGGUGACUGUGUAACAGAAGCCAAGGACUACUUGAACUGCAUGGGAGGAAGCACUGUUGUGUGCCAGGGGGUUGGGGUACGUGGAUACACUGGCCUUCUUUUAGAGUAGAAUAGUGGUGAUUUCACUUUCUUUGACUGAGGUCCCUGCACAGUUAGAGAUUCCAGGACCAAGAACAUCCACUAACUUACUGUGAGAGACUGGAAAAAUGAGCUACACUGUACACUGCACAGGCCCUGCUAGAUAUUAAGCCAGAGAGGGUUGUGGAUGGGGGAGGUGUAGUAUUAUCCAGCUAACUUGCCUACUGUUAUUUCCAUUGUCUAAAUUAUCCUAUUCAUCCACAGGCUUCGGCCUCAUUCUGUGUUGUUUUAGUGGGAAAACACUGAUAGUGUCUGUUUAAGCUUUUAUCAGCCCCCUUUGUCCAACAAAUCUAUUCUGUGACCUUUUCUGGCAAAUCUUAAAGGGCUUUGCAUGGUUAAACACAAGACCCAAUUUCUCCGUAACUUCUGUGGUGCAACACAACACCAUCACAGGUGAUGAACUAGGAUGAGCCUGUAAUUACUUUAUAAAUAUAUAAAUAAAUGAAUAAUUAAAAAAAACUGCCAUUUGUACGCCCCAUCCUACUCAUAGCUCUAGAGAAUCUCAGUGAGAGAAAUGGUUGUUAUCAGCACUUCUACUUGGUGCCUCUGACAGAUGUUCCAUUUCUAAAAACGAAGUGGUUUUGUGGGUUACAAAGCACAAUCAAUAAAAAAAAUCUGUUCCCUUUUUGAUUUGAUUUUUCAGUUUGAAUAGUGAUGGCUAGCUUGUUUUGUUCUUAAAGCAAUGGCAGGUUUUUUUUUGCUUCGAGUAGAUGAUUGUAAAUAAGCUAUUAUAGAAGCAGUACUUUGGACAAGUCUGUACUGGAUGGACUUUACAUAAGACUGUCUGUUUUCAAUAGACUCUUAAAAAACAACUAUAAAUCAUCACUGUUUUGUGAGUUCAGAAUAGAAACCCACUUAACUGAGUAUUUGACAGGAUAAAUUAAUACUAUACUGUAUGUCUCUUUGCAAAACUGUUUGUAGGAUGAGAAGUGAAUGGAUGCGUUGUUGACAACAGAUAUAUCACUGUUCAUAUUUGGAUAUAGACUGUGUUUCAUCGACAUCAGAAGACUUGAACACCAUCGAAAUGGAUUAUAAUGCUUGUCAAAGUGGGGUCAAAUAAACCAUCCAUAUUUUUCUAAACAUGCAA